CUAUCGCGCCGGAAGAGAAGCAGGUCCUUUUCCCAGCCAUCUUGUGGCUUCAUCUAGCGAAGUGUUCGCACCAAGCCUCGUAGAAUCGGAGGAAAAUCCUGCUGAAGGGGCGCCAUCAUGCCCGGACAAAUGCAAGAAGGUUUUGGCUGUGCCAUAACCAAUCGGUUCGACCAGCUAUUAGACGACGAGUCGGAUCCCUUCGAGCUGCUGAAGCAAGCCGAAGUGAAGAAGAAGGAAGCCCCUGCUCCUGGUGCCGCCAAGACCGCAGCCCAGAUUGCCAAGCAGCCGAAAAAGGAGUCCCAAAAAGACAGAAAGGUCCCGCUGACCGACAAGAAGGAGGAGAUCCAGGCGCCGGUACCGCUCAAGAAAGAUGGUCCCGGCAUUAGGAGAAUGGGAAUGAACCGCAAGCCGGAGGGCGAGGGCUUCAGACCCCAGGUUGGCUCGGGAGAGGGGCGCCCCCCCGCAGACAGGCGGCCUGUGGACAGGCGGCCCCCGCGCCGCUUCGAGAGGCCUGCUGGUGACGCCGGCGAGAAGCCCGAGGGAGGCGAAUUCUCAGUGGAAAAACCCAUUGGUGAUCGGCCGAUGAGAGGGCGUGGUGGCGGCAGAGGCGGCGGCACCGGCAUCCGCGGAAGCACCGGCAUCCGCGGAAGCAGAGGCCGCGGCGUCAUGGGACGCACCGACGGCUUUGACUCCAGAGGGAAACGCGAAUUUGACAGACACAGUGGCAGCGACCGAACUAGUCAGAAGGGUGAGGAGAAGCGUGGUGGAAGUGGACCUCACAACUGGGGCACCGUCAAGGAUGAACUAAACGAGCUUGACCAAUCAAACGUUACUGAGGAAACCCCCGAGGGAGAGGAGCAUCCACCCGCCGACUCUGAGAACAAAAGGGAGAAUGAGGUGGAGGAAGUGAAGGAAGAAGGCCCCAAGGAGAUGACUCUGGACGAAUGGAAGGCCGUGCAGGACAAGGAGAGGGCCAAGGUGGAGUUCAACAUCCGCAAGGCCAACGAGGGAGCCAAUUGGAACAAAGGAUUCGUGCUGCACAAGUCCAAGGCAGAAGAUAAGAAAGAAGAGGUCAUUGAAUCCGAGGUUGAGGAGCCCAAGCUUGAUGACGAACACCACUUCCGGAAGCCAGCCAAUGACAUUACGGCACAGCUGGAGAUCAAUUUCGGAGACCUGGGCCGUCCGGGUCGUGGACGCGGAGGCGGACCACGCGGUGGCGGACGCGGCCGUGGACGCGGCGGACCCGGCGGUGGGGGCGGGCCACCCGGCGCCCCCAGUGGCGAAGCCGCUCGGCCAGUCCGCGCUCCAAGGCCUGACAAGUCAUCUGCGUCUGUGCCCAACGUGGACGACCCAGAGGCCUUCCCGGCCCUGGCUUAAGCCGCGGACGCGGUUCCUCAGGCCUACAGGAGCCUCCUGAGCACCUCCUACUACGAGGCUUGCAUGUUCCUGGAUCCUUCAGCAAAGUGAAAUGAUGGAGAAGACUGUCAUUUAACUAUGGCACUCAACGUGAGGACUGAGUUUUACCCAAUAAAAACAAAACGGAAGAUGGAGAAAAAAAACAGAAAUUAACAACAAAAAAAACAAAAAAUGAAAAGGACUUCUUGCUACUUGGGAGCAACUUAUUGGUAGAGGUUUUGUACUUGGAAACAAAAGUAGCAGGGAUGUUUUCAUACAGUAUUUUUUUCAGAGGUUAUGCAUUGUCCAUUGAUGCAUUUUUGUAAUUGCUGCUUGAAAAUAUGCAUUUGGGGAUGUAAGCAUGAGACGGGUGUCUUUAGCUCGGGUGGAGCCAUCGCUUGCUCGCUUUGAAACUGGAGCUCCAACCCAAGCUCCAACGCUCUGCCACUACAGGUGUUUCUGAAGUUACACUUCACUCAUUAAGAUUUUAGGAUUUUCUCUUUCUUUCUUUAGCACUGGGGUUAUUGUUUUAUUGUAUUUUUUUAUACAGGAGAUCUAGUCUUGUAGCCUGUAAAUCUUUUAACUAUUUUUUCAUAAAUUCCUGCAGAGACUUGCAUUUCACACGGUGCAUCGAUAGGCCACGCCCCCUCGAUCAUCCGAUCGAGCGUCGUUGCCUCAUAUUCAAAUGCAUUGAUGAAAUGGCACCUAAAUCUGUAUUAAGAGUUCUUUUUGUACUGUAAUGUACUCCAGGAGGAACAUUAGGUCAUUAUUGGAGGAGCGCAUCGGGGAUUUACUCCUAAAAUUUUCAUUAAUCUGGAGAAAUUAUUUGUAAUCGGAGAGUUCUUCCAGUUUUCCCCCCCCCGAUGUAUUCCGGGUGCUAAAAAACCAAACCUCUUAAUUUCCCUUCCUCGCCCAUUUCCUCUUUGAUUGCCUCUGCUCGUCUCUUUAAGAGAGACACGGAGAGGAAGUGUGUCUCUGCAGUCGAGACGCGGCCGGAGUCUUCUGGAAGUCCUCCGGCCGUCUCCUCGCUGUCCACACUCUGCUCCCCAGGCGUUAGCCGCGGCCCAGCUUCAGUUUGUGUUUUUUGCAGUCGGUUUCUGCUGAUAUUUUUCCUCCGCUGUUGACUCGCCCUGUAGCGCCACUGCAUAAUUGCUCUGAAAGAAAUACGGUCGUUCACCACGUGGAACAACUGAAGUGCUCUACAAAUGUGUGAAUUCCAGCCCUGCUAUUGGAGACCUCUGUCGGUAAAAAUAAAGGUGGUCGAUAAAUCUU